AAUUGUUCAUCUUCCUGAGCAUCGAUUAAUUUAUUAAUUAAGCAUUAAACCUGGGAAAUUAUUUCUGCAAAAUUCGCCUCCCCUCCUUUCUCUUCUGAAAAAACAAAACCCAGAAAUUUAUUCACACCAAAAGCUCUGAUCAUCAAUACCACCAAAAAUGUGGCGAUGCGUUUCGCGUGGUCUUCGAUCCCAUUCAUGGAAAACUUCUAAAUCUUCUCCAAUUUCCUCCCAUUUUCUCUCUCCUAGAUUCUUCUCUUCCACCCAAUCUAGUUCGGUUGGUGGGUCCAGCUAUACGGUGGUAGACCAUACUUACGAUGCGGUGGUUGUUGGAGCUGGUGGUGCUGGUUUAAGAGCCGCCAUCGGAUUAUCCGAACAUGGGUUUAAUACUGCUUGUAUUACUAAGCUUUUUCCGACUCGUUCUCAUACGGUCGCUGCUCAGGGUGGAAUCAAUGCUGCCUUGGGUAAUAUGACUGAAGAUGACUGGAGAUGGCAUAUGUAUGAUACCGUGAAAGGAAGUGAUUGGUUAGGUGACCAGGAUGCCAUACAGUAUAUGUGCAGAGAGGCACCAAAAGCUGUGAUAGAGCUUGAGAACUAUGGUUUGCCAUUUUCUCGUACAGAAGAUGGGAAAAUAUAUCAACGUGCAUUUGGUGGUCAAAGCUUGAACUUUGGGAAAGGGGGGCAAGCAUAUCGAUGUGCAUGUGCUGCUGAUCGAACCGGCCAUGCUUUAUUGCACACUCUUUACGGACAAGCUAUGAGGCAUAAUACACAAUUUUUUGUGGAAUACUUUGCAUUGGAUCUUAUUAUGGAUGAUGAAGGUACUUGCCAAGGUGUGAUUGCUUUGAAUAUGGAAGAUGGGACGUUGCAUAGAUUCCGUGCUAAAUCAACAAUUUUGGCUACUGGGGGAUAUGGCCGGGCAUAUUUUUCUGCAACAUCUGCGCAUACAUGUACCGGAGAUGGAAAUGCAAUGGUGGCCCGUGCUGGCCUCCCAUUAGAGGAUCUUGAAUUCGUGCAGUUCCACCCAACUGGUAUCUAUGGUGCUGGAUGCCUAAUCACUGAAGGGUCCCGUGGUGAAGGUGGUAUUCUGAGAAAUAGUGAGGGUGAGCGUUUCAUGGAAAGAUAUGCACCAACAGCUAAAGAUCUUGCAUCCAGGGAUGUUGUGUCUAGAUCUAUGACAAUGGAAAUUCGAGAAGGCCGUGGUGUGGGACCCUUGAAGGAUCACAUCUACCUCCACUUGAAUCAUUUGCCUCCAGAAGUGCUUCAGGAAAGACUCCCUGGUAUCUCUGAGACAGCUGCAAUCUUUGCUGGGGUUGAUGUUACAAAGGAACCCAUCCCAGUCUUGCCAACUGUUCACUAUAACAUGGGUGGAAUCCCCACAAACUACUACGGAGAGGUUGUCACAAUAAAAGGUAAUGACCCAGAUGCCAUUGUUCCUGGAUUACUGGCUGCUGGAGAGGCUGCUUGUGCAUCAGUUCAUGGUGCUAACCGUCUUGGUGCUAACUCUCUCCUUGACAUUGUUGUUUUCGGUCGAGCUUGUGCCAACCGAGUUUCAGAGAUCAGUAAACCAGGGGAGAACCAGAAACCUUUGCCUAAAGAUGCUGGGGAGAAGACUAUUCAGUGGUUAGACAAAUUAAGAAAUUCAAAUGGAUCUCUCCCAACUUCCCAAAUCCGCCUAAACAUGCAACGAGUAAUGCAGAAUAAUGCUGCUGUUUUCCGCACACAGAGUACAUUGGAAGAAGGUUGUCAAUUGAUUGAUAAAACAUGGGAGAGUUUUGAAGAUGUUCAAGUCAAAGACCGCAGUUUAAUAUGGAAUUCUGAUUUGAUCGAAACCAUAGAAUUGGAAAAUUUGUUGAUUAAUGCAUGCAUCACUAUGCACUCUGCUGAGGCUAGGAAAGAGAGCAGAGGAGCUCAUGCUCGUGAAGAUUUCACGACAAGAGAUGAUCAAAACUGGAUGAAACACACUCUAGGAUACUGGGAGAAUGAGAAGGUUAGACUAGAUUAUCGGCCAGUCCACAUGAACACAUUGGACGACGAGAUUGAGUCUUUCCCUCCUAAAGCCCGUGUAUAUUGAUGUGUUUCAGCUCGAAGAAAACCCUUCGCCAACAAGUAGGGUAAAAGAAGUUAACAAUAGAAAUAAUUUAUGAUAAGAAUGCAGAAAGGGUCUUGGGUGAAUUUCAUUUUUUCAAUUGCUGUGAGGGGUGUUGCCCUUGCGAUUUUCGAAACACUUCCUGCAAUAAUGGUUUUGAGAAAAAUUUUGGCCAUUAAAUGUUUUCGUGAUAAGAAUGCAGAAGUGGGUUUUUUUAUCAACAAUUUGGGAAUAGAUGACAUCUGCCUUUUUGUAAACUGCAUUAAGGUAAUAAGAAGCUCAAUUUGUUCUUUGCCUUUGAUCUUGAA